GCAAAUUGCGGUUAGUGUUCUCUGCCUUCACAAAAAUGGCGGCAGUGGAAAAAGAUGCGCUCAAAAAUAAUGCAGAUACUACAGUUGAUGACGAUGAUGCAUGGUUGUAUGGAGAUGAUAACAAAGGUGAAAGAGAGCAUGCAGAAUCCGCAGCUACACAGAAAUCUGUUAUAAAGGAGGAGGCACCUAUUCGUACAGGGCAGAAUGGAGUCAAACGAGAUGAUAGGGAGGAGGGAGAAAUGAGUGGAGAAGAGGGAGAGACACAAGAAAAAGAUGACGACGAUGACUCUGAUGAUGAUGAUGUGCAGGUUACCAUAGGUGAUAUCAAGGCUUGGAAUGUUAAUGAACAGCCAAGGAACCUUUUUAAAAGUGGUGCUACUUACCAGAAGACAGUUGCAGGAACCACAACAAAGCCAGCAGUGACAACUAAAGGCCUGGACAUUGAAGCUCAAGGCACCAUCAAUGGCAUCCCAGUCUAUGAGUUUGAUUUAGACAGCAUCAAAAACGAGGAUAAGCCAUGGAGAAAACCUGGUGCCGACAUCACAGAUUAUUUUAACUAUGGAUUCACCGAAGAGACAUGGCAACUGUAUUGUGAGAAACAGCGCCGGCUUAUUGCAUUGAACGAGGGAACAGCACCAGUUCCAAAAAUUGUGACAGUGCAUACAGCGUCCUCUACAGGGCAUACAGACAAGGAUACCAUGCCAGCUGCUCGGCGAGUUCUGGCCCCUGUCACAAAACCUGCUGGUCAGAUCAACGUUAUUGGUGCAACAGCCAAGGAUUCACGCCGGCCUGAGUCUGAAGGGGAUCCAAUUCCUGUGGCAGGCAGUGGAUUUCCAAACAGGAAGUUUGUUGUGCCACCCCCUGGACUACCUCCCACAAAUUUGCCACCACCUCACUUACCUCCCUUGGACUACUCUUUGCCCCCACCUGGACUGCCUCCUCCUCCAGGGGUACCUCCUCCCAGCAUGACUGUCCCGCCACCAGGUUUCCCACCUGUGCCAGACCCAUAUGAAACAUACUUUGCAAUACCUCCUCCUGACAGGAGUGUGCCACCACCUGGCUUUGAAGACAGGCAGCCCUUCAGCUAUAGCAACACACACCCAUCUUUCACCAACAAUAGCUACACCGAGGCCUCCAGACCACAACCUACCCACCAGUGGGAUGCUGGAAGUACAUACAGUGACCGUAGCAGUGAAAGGGAUUGGGAGAGAGAGCGAGAACGACGUGAAUCCAUACGACGAGACAGAAGCCCACACAGAACUGAGGAAGAUUUCAAUAGGGAGACACAAUGGAGAGGUCAUGAACGGGAGAGAGAACGGAGAGAGAGCGUGAACGUGACCGCGAUCGCUCUAGAGAUCGUGACAGGGAGCGUGAGCGCAGUGAUAGGAAGCGUGAGAGAGACGUCUUGCGACGAUCAAGGUCAAGAGAGAGGGAACGCGAACCUGAGCGCAGCUCAAGGGAGGAAGAAAAGCAUCGAUCACGAAGAUCUGAUUCUCGUAAGCAUCGUGAUGACUCGGACAGUGAGUCCAGAUCAUCAAAGCACAAAAGCAGGCGGCGAAGACGAGAGAAAGAUGAAGAAGGGGGAGAAACUGGCGGCAGUGAAGAUGCUCCCAAAACAGAAUGAGCUGAUAGUCUUGAAGUGCUUGCAUGAUUGUAACUUUCUGUGCCUGUUAAGAUUCAGCAUUUCAUUCUGUGAUGUCCACUUCAGUAUGCAUCUCUCCAAUAUGGAUUCUGUUUGGUUGUUUUCUGUGAAUGAUGUUGAAAGAUUGUUAGAUGUUUUUUUUGUGUUAAGCAGGAUCGUGCAGUUGUUAAAUGGUGUCGUGAUGCUUUAGUUAAAUAUGCAUCUCUGCAGACUCUUUGAGUGAUGGACAUUGAUGAAUGCAUGAAGCAAACUUUUGAUGGAAUCAAAUUAGAAAGUCACAAAAAUGAAUUCUUUUGUUAUCGUC